UCGACGUGUGGAUUUCUAUACGAUUUAUGUGUACCAAAUAUUAUGAUAUCUGUGUAGUAUAAUAUGUAUACAGUUAUUUUUUUUCUUAAAUAGCGUCGUGUACCGGCAUCGGAUUUUUCCUACUCAUAAUAUCAUUAUAUUAUAAUCUUUUUUGUCUGUUAUAAUAAAUCCUGUGAUUGGUCACUUGUCGAUUUUGUUUUUUUGAAAAUGAACGGCGCUCUAAGUAUUUUACUGAUGUCGGUCUUAGCCACAGCAGUAAUGGUAGUGGCGAAAAAAUCGUCGGAUAACUCGAAGCCAGACUGGGCCAAAAAAGACAUUCGCGACUAUACCGAAGCCGAUUUGGAACGAUUGUUGGACCAGUGGGAGGAGGACGAAGAACCUUUAGAACCAGAUGAACUACCAGAACACUUGAGACCUUCGCCUCAAAUUGAUCCUACUACGGUGAAUUUUGACGAUCCUGAUGCUAUAUUGAAGGCAUCAAAGAAAGGCAAAACAUUAAUGACUUUUGUUAAGGUGGCGCCAAAGUAUGAUAAAGAAGAGGCCGAUAAAUUAACUAAGCUGUGGCAGUCUAGUUUGUGGAACAACCAUAUACAAGCUGAAAGGUUUAUGGUCGACGAUAAUAGAGCUAUAUUUAUGUACAAAGAUGGUUCACAAGCUUGGGACGCCAAAGAUUUCCUCGUUCAGCAAGAAGACUGUGUCGAUGUGACAAUUGAAAACCAAGUGUAUCAAGGCCCCGCUAACGGAUUUGUCGUACAGGGCGAUGUUGAAAAGAUUGAAUUAUAAUUGUUGCAUCGUAUACUACAUUUAAGUUAAUUUGUUUAGUUUAUGUUUCAAGUUAAUUAUUUAUUUAAAUUAUUUCUUUAAAAAAAAAAA